GUCUCUCUCGUCAAAUCGCGGGGCAUUGUGGGGCGGAGGCGGCCUUUCUCUGCGUCCAGGCGAUCGGGAAAUCUUCAAGUAAAUAACGUUAACGGGGGGAGGAGCAGUCCGAGCGCAGCCUGCGAAAAAUACAACACGUUAAAAUUGUGUUGCGCUGAGCUUUAAUUAUUACAAUUCUUAAUAUUACACAAAUAUGGGACAGGAGGAUCUCAUGAACACAGCCGAAGACGUGGCAGACCAGUUCCUGCGGUUAACCAAACAUUACCUGCCCCACCUUGCGCGUCUCUGUCUUAUCAGCACCUUCCUGGAAGAUGGCAUCCGCAUGUGGUUCCAGUGGAAUGAACAGAGAGACUACAUUGAGGCAACCUGGAGCUGUGGCUACUUCCUGGCUACCUGCUUUGUGCUGCUUAACUUGAUAGGACAGCUGGGUGGUUGUGUCCUAAUCCUCAGUAGAAAUUUUGUACAGUAUGCCUGCUUUGGAUUAUUUGGCAUCAUAGCGCUACAGACUGUUGCAUACAGCAUUUUAUGGGACCUCAAAUUUUUGAUGAGAAACCUGGCCCUAGGAGGUGGUCUGCUCCUGCUGCUGGCCGAGUCUCGUUCGGAAGGAAAGAGCAUGUUUGCUGGAGUUCCCUCCAUGGGAGAGAGUUCGCCAAAGCAGUACAUGCAGCUGGGUGGUCGAGUACUGCUAGUGCUCAUGUUCAUGACUCUGCUGCACUUUGACUCCAACUUCUUCUCUAUCCUGCAGAACAUGGUUGGAACUGCACUCAUCAUCCUGGUGGCCAUUGGCUUCAAAACCAAGCUGGCGGCGUUGACCCUCGUCGUGUGGCUUCUGGCCAUCAACGUUUACUUCAACGCCUUCUGGACCGUCCCCGCCUACAAGCCCAUGCAUGACUUCCUCAAGUACGACUUCUUCCAGACCACCUCGGUCAUCGGCGGCCUGCUGUUGGUGGUGGCACUUGGACCUGGUGGAGUGUCCAUGGAUGAGAAAAAGAAAGAGUGGUAGGCAAAGGGGGUUAAGAUAAGAGGAUUGCACAGCACCACUAACUUCCCCCACCGACUGGGACACAAAGACCCUCCCUCUCCUCCAGUUCCCCCCCGCCAGGGUACACCGUUUUUUUUUUCUAUCUUAUUUUUUUAUUUGGCCAAAUCCACAGACACCACCUCAUCCAUAUAUGGACAAUUUUUUUUUUUUUAUAUAUAUAUUUUCCUCCAAACUGCUGUUUGGGGUUUUUAGUUGAACAUGUAUAUUAUGGCAGAUUUUUUUUCGAAACCCUUCUUGUAAGUCCUCUUCUUCAUAACAAGAAUAAAAAAGCCCAUGUAUGUCAUAGUGCAAGGUAAACAACAAAUGAAUGAAAAAUGGAAGAAAAGAUGCAUUUGUUCUGCGUGCAUAAGGAAUGAAAAUAAUUUAUUUUAUUUUAUGGGUGUUGUACCAUGAGUUAUAAUAGAUUGGCUUUCAUAUUUUCUGAAUAAAACCGGCAAAUUGGAUGGAGUGCAGCAGUUUGGGUCCCUCCCCCAUGGAUGCUGGUCUUUUUCUGCCGUUGGAUCUUGGAGUGUCUGAGACUUACUCACCAUAUCGAACAUGGGCACUGAUUUGACAGCAACUCGCCUUGACUCUCCAGGUUUUUUUUUUUUUUUUUUUUUUUCUCUCUGACAACCUAGCUUUUCAAUACAUCUGUACACCUUCAUUCUCAACUGACUCUUGUUCAUGGGGGAGUCAAAUGCGGUGGUGGGGGGGAGUGUACAUUGUAUACAAAGUGGUGGAUUGCAGUCGUGCUUGAUUGAAAUUUUCAACACAAUUGUUAGCUCCAGGACUUGUUAUUGGGCACUUUGUACUGUACGUCUUUGGCAAAUUCCUACCUAAUGAACUGUAUAUGAUCGGGGAUAAUCGGGGGGGAGGAGGCUCAACAUUUGUGAAACACCAUAUUCUGAGAUCCAGAAAAGCAAAGAGGACUAAACAAAGUCACUAGCCAUCCGUGCAUCAGAGCCUCAGUGUUUUUUUUCCCUGUAUAAGAAAAAUAAAAAAAUAUUCAGUGUAUUGAAUUUUCAGAACUUUA